AUGUCGAAUAACAUGGAGCCCGAGGAAGACGAAAUAUCGUUGGAUUCCAAUAUCCCAGAAACAAUUACGGAGAUGUCAGAUCCUAUUGAAAAGCCUAACCUAAAAGUUAGGCGAAGGAAUGUAAUUGAAACAGUAAAUUUUGUAUCAAAAGAAGAAACUUCUGAUACGAAAAGUGAUGUACCUCUUGUAAGAAUGUCCGAUUCUACGAAGGCAUGGUGCGAUAACAUUAUGCCGCAAAUACCUGACAUCGCAGAUUUUAGUUUGUCAGGUAAACAAAACGGAGCGUUAAAUCACGAGGACGAUAACAGUUUAUUAGAACAUAAUUUUGGUGAUACAGAGCCAUUGACGAAUAGAGAACGGAUGAAGAUAAGUGUUAUUCGAGGAAGCGUCGCCAAUCCGAACCUAACAUUAGGAGAACUGAAGCUACUGGGUUGCAGCAGUGAGGGUUUAGUUAAUGAUGAUAUACGAAGAGCUUUGUGGCCAACACUAUUGCGGCUCUCGGAAGAAACCACUUUUUCUGUAACUGGACUAGAAACUAUACAUAGUCAUAUACCAAAUGAGGUCUACCAACAAAUAUUAAAGGAUGUAGCACGCAGUGGCAGCCAUAUUUCGCAAAAUGCUACACAACAUGAGAUUGAUCAUUUUCACGAACAGUUAACACAAUUAAUGUGUUGGGUUCUUCACAAACAUUCUAUGUUGAAUUAUUACCAGGGAUAUAAUGAUAUAGCAGCAACUGUACUUCUUGUCAUGGGCUUAGAAAAAGGUUUGCGUGUACUUGAAAGCAUUUCUUUAGAAUUUCUUGAAAGAUUUAUGGAGAAAACAAUGGAAAAAGUGAAUCAAGAAUUAUUUUACAUAUUUGCACUCUUGGAGAGAGUGCAUCCCACCUUAUUAGAACACUUGGAAAAUGUAGAAUUAUUUCCGCAUUUUGCAUUGGCUGAAUAUACAACAUGGUAUGCGCACAAGUAUGCGGAAAAUAGAAAACUGUUACACAGAUUAUUUGAUUACUUUCUUGGCAGUCCCCCACUGAUGCCUCUUUAUCUAAGUACUGUGAUCGUAGCACAUAGAGCAACAGAAAUUUUUAAUACUACACCUGAUAUGGGUCACACGCAUAAAGUUUUAUGUACUUUACCGGACGAUCUACCUUUUGAAACGCUUCUAGUUGAAGCAAAAAAUUUAUAUCGUGAAUAUCCACCUGAAUCUAUAAGUAACGAUGUUAGAGAAUUCGAUCGAAAACGAAAAUGUAAAGAACAAGAAUGGAAAGCAAAGGCAGAAGCAAGUCGUCAAGAAAGAGAAAAGCAACGUCAACUCAGAAUUGUAAAAUCAGCGCCAAGAAUACCGUAUCGUAUCAGAAGUUACAAAACGAUCACGGUAGUAACUAUUUUGGCUCUGGGAUUGUAUGCCUUUUUAAGAUCUUCAUCUGGUCUUAACUGACAUUAAAUGAACAUAAUCUAUUUAGAUAAUAGAUUCAUUUCUGUGUCCUUGAAACAAAAUUCCAUUUUAUUUAUAUGCCAUUGGUUUGGUAAAUAAAACAAAUUGUUGGGCACACAAACAUAAUGAAAUAAUGAUGUACUAUUAUAAAAUACACGUGAUAAGGACCGUUGGUAAUCUUAUUAAUCAGUGAUUAAACGAAUUUGUUUCUGAAUGUGUUAUAAGGAACAUAUUGAGCAUUCCUGUGCUGCCUUUAUGCUGUGUUCUUUGAAAUCGAUAUGAACCUUUUGUGCACAUAUAUUUACAGUGUCAGAAAUGUAAACAGAUCUUUGAGAUUGAAAGGAAGGGCAGAGACAAAGCAUACAUGUGCUUGCAAAAAAAUAUAUCUGUAACAUGUAUAUUUUGAAACAUUAAAAAAGAAUUUUUAAACGUGAAA